AAGGAAAAGAAAGAUUUUUCAGGCUUGUGGUGGGAAGAACAGCCAUGGCUCAAUGUGAAUAUUUUUGCUAAAUAUCUCUUUAGGAUUUCUGAACCUGCUUAUCACCCUCCUGGAUAAAAUUCUAGCAAGAAUGAGGGGAAUGCAGGCUGUACGUGCGUGCAUUAGAAGUAGGAAGAUAUGAAAGGAAUGAGAAGGGACUUUGAGUGCAAGAAGGUACUUCCCACAACUUUGAAUACUGUGUGGUCUGAAGGGUGUCUAAAUAUUACCCAGUGCUAAGCUCACACCAGAAAGUUACAGCAGGCUGUGUGUGCUCUUCCUCAGCCAAGCUCAUGGUCUUUAUUGAACAAAUAUAUCUCUGCAAGUAUCACAAGGUUACUAUGGAGUUAAAAAUAAAACUAAAAUUGCGAAAAGGGAAUUAAAACUGUACUGAGUAUUUGGUUUAGGAAUGAUGAUUAUCUUUUAUUUUCUUUCUGAAAAGACAGGACCAUUUUUAUUGCCCUUUGAUCAGGAGCUGAACCUGAACAACUCCAGUCACUGAUGAGCCUGAACUAGAACUAUUUCCUGGAUUGCCUCUCUGUUUGCAUGUAAUCUAAUUUUUAACCCAGGUCACAGAAUAGACUUUUAAAGUUUGUGUAGUCAAGACACACAUGAAUAAGGACAGCGGCGAAUGUGAGAACAAGCGUCCCAGAGAAGAUGACGAAGAGGAGGCCGUCAAGCACAAGGAGCUCAAACUGCGAAACUAUGAUCCCGAAGAUGAGGAGCUGAAGAAGAGGAAGAUGCCCCCGGCCAAGCCGGCCUCAGUGGAAGAUAAGGUGAAGGACCAGCUGGAGGCUGCCAAGCCAGAGCCCAUCAUCGAGGAGGUGGAUCUGGCAAACCUGGCACCCAGGAAACCAGACUGGGAUUUGAAGCGAGAUGUAGCGAAGAAACUGGAGAAGCUGGAGAAGAGGACGCAGAGAGCCAUCGCUGAGCUGAUAAGAGAGCGGUUGAAAGGGCAAGAGGAGGAGCUGGCAUCUGCUGUUGGGUCAGCAAAGCAGGAGGGAAGUGACUCUGACUGAGGAGGUCCAUCUACCAGCCUCGGGCUUGGGAUCUGCUUCUGCCGGCAAUGCUGAUCCCGUUGCUCUCAGGUAGAGGCACCUUGUUGGGACAUGCUGCUCACCAGCCCUUAGAGAGCCACGACCAUUUCCUAGGGGACUGAUUCUCCUCUUCCUGCACAGAGAUGCCUUUUUCAAGGUGCUCCUUUCUGUAGAAGAGCUGGUGAAACUGCCAUGUGGGGAACAAAGAGGUCUUUUUCCCUGGGGGAACAUCCAUGGUCAGACCCAGUAUGUGCAGAGUAACUCUCCUGGAAGUGGCUGAGUGGCUCGGGAUCCGCUCGCUGCUUGGUGUUAACUUGGGGUUUGUUCUGCUCCUGGAAGUUUCCCGAUCCUCCAGGCUGUGCAGCAUGUCUAUGUAUGUACAACUCUUCUAUAUAUUUUGUAAUUGUCAAAGUUUUGUUGUUAACAGAUCUUUUAAUAAUAAAACAGUCCUACAGUGGAAGAAA